AUGGCGUCGUCAAGUAAGAAGUUUGGGUUCGAUACAAGUGAUUUAGACAAUAAUAUGAUAAAUAGUGGAAGUGAAGAUGAAUUUGCAGGAUUUGCAGAAAGUGAAUCGGAUUAUGAGAUGUCAGGUGGAGAAGAGGACUCAUCGUUUUCGUCUUCAAGUGACGAUUGUGUGUCAGCAAAUGAUGGUGACGAUGACCAAACACAACUAAAUUGCAGUGCAAAUACUUUUGUUGAAGUAAUGGAUGAGGCAUCAGAUAAUCCUUCUCCUCCAAGCUUUGUGUAUGCAGAAGUACCAGGCCCUAAACAUAUACCAGCAAACGCCACACCAAUUGAUUUUUUCAAUUUGUUCUUCUCACUGCAGCUUUUUACGAUUAUGGUGACAGAGACUAACAGAUACGCUCGCCAGGUGAUUCAGUCAAUGCAUUUAUCGCCAAAUUCGAGAAUCAAACAGUGGCAACCAACAACUGUAGCAGAAAUGAGGGCUUUUAUAGCAGUAAUUUUGAAUAUGGGACUGAUUAAAAAACCGACGAUUUUUAGUUAUUGGUCAACUGAUGCAAACCUGUUGACACUGUGGUUUUCACAAAUGUUUUCACGCAACAGGUUUCAGUUGUUGCUGCGGUUUUUCCAUUAUGUAGACAAUUCGAAACUUCACCCUCCUGGUCACCCAUUAUAUGAUCCAACAGCCAAGUUGCAAGUGUUGGUGGAUAUUGCCAACAAUGCUUUCCGUCGCUACUACACUCCACACCAGCAACUGAGUGUCGAUGAAAGUCUUGUUGGGACAAAGGCGCACUCACAGCUAAUCCAAUACCUUCCCAAUAAACAUCAUCACAGAUGGGGAGUCAAAUUUUGGAUGCUGUGUGAUUCAGUCGUAAAUUACUGCCUAGGGUUUUAUGCAUACUGUGGUGCAAAAAGUGAUGAUGACAAAAACGAAAUAAAAGAGAAUGGCCUGGGAUAUGUAGUCGUCAUGCAAAAGGUUACCAUGUGUUUUGCGAUAACUUUUUUACAUCUAUUCCUCUGGCAGAAAAGCUGUAUUCAGUUGGCACUUAUCUAA